AUGGAAGUGGGUAGCAUCUCACUGGAAUGUGGCUCGGUACCACCAUUUCCUGUUAAUGGUAUUAAUUAUUUGCCGAUCCCGUCAUGUCAACAGUCUUCAUCAUCUUCAGCGCAUGGUUCAGCCUUUUCAUCACCAACUUUCUCCUCCCUUGCACCACUACUCUCCAAUUGUGAGCACUCAAUGAAAUCUGGCGGCACUGUUGACAUAGCGGCGGCAGCGGCAGCAGCGGCGGCAACCACCCACAAUCCGCUAUCAACGAUGGCUGUGCAAUGUUUCAGUAACGAUUCUACGACAUUUGGAAGUCCUGUGACGGCAGUGGCAGCAGCAGCAGCAGCGGCAUCACAGCCAAAUCCGUUCUUCUAUGGCGCAAAUCAUUUUGGCUUAUCACAGCCUUAG